AUGAGAGGGUAUACAUGUGUGUGUGAACUAAUAAGAGUGAAUGAGGUAAUUUGUAGUAGAAUGAAUGAAUGACAAUACAUGUAUGCGUAAGAGUUCAUUGUGCUGUGAGUGAGAGGCUUGUACUUGUCUGUGUGAGAGGUAAACUUGUCACGGAAGAGGCGGGGUAAAAGUUGGCUUGCGCAUGCGUAGAUCCCAAACUGAGCGACAUUGCUUUAAUACAGAGCGUCCAGUAGGUGGCAGCGAACUAUCGGCCAAUAACUAUGAGCUCCAGAGAAGAAUGCGAAACAUGGCUAAUGGCAACGUGAGUAAAGACAGAAUAGGUCAAGCAGCCGCAAUUUUAAAUAGUAUUUUAUCAUCACCGGAUGCAACAAGCAGUGCGACCUUCGCCUUAAACGAAAGAGCUUCUUUGACCGCCCGCAGUGAUUCGGUUGAGACAGAAUUAGCAUCUGUUUCGUGCUGGAGCAGCUAGCCGAAGUUCGGCGGUGUCAACAGUAAAUCAAGGACCAAGUUCGGUGGCUCCGGUAGCUCCACGUUUCCAAGCCCAGCAAUGUUUUGGACCUUGGACUACUAACAGGAGAAGAAGAUGCAUAGUUUCCUUUGUUGAUCAUCGGAUUUCUCUUCAGAGUUUUUCCUGGCUUCAAGAAAUCCUUCUGGAAUGAAGACUGGAAACAGAACAUCUCUGUUUAACAUAUCUGAGCCAGCAAAUUCAGUCCCAAUGCAACUUUCUAUUAUUCUUGUUCUGCUGCUGCAGCUGUCUUUUCUUACUUCCUUUACAUUAGGAGUCAGUGAAGGCGAUGUCCAACAAUUUUUUAUGGAUGCGCUACAUUGUAUAGAACUAAUUCAAAGGGAAAGAACAGGUGACAUAAGUAGCCAGGAUAGGCUUUACAGAGAACUUGCUGAUCACACUCAGACUUUAUCUGCAAUUCUGUCAGUGUCACUGUUUAAUGAGUUAAGAUACCAUGCAUAUAGAACAAUGAUUGAAGACUUGUAUACCUGUUUUCAAUCCAUUUUAGAAGAAUAUGAUGCUAUGCUAAGAUCUCAUGAAUUGAACCCUAGAUGUCUGCUUCCCCCAACAAAAUGGACUGGUUUUUCAGGGCGCCCACGAUAUGACAUCACAUCAUUGCAAAUUUCUCACUGCAUUUCAAUUGGAAUGAACUGGCAGCAGAUUGCAUCUGCCUUUGGUAUUAACCGUCGAACUCUCUACAGAUAUAGACAACACUUGGGAAUCCAACCCUUACAAUAUACUGUGCUGACAGACCAAGACUUAACAAGAGUUGGGACUGACAUUCUACAAAGGACACCAAAUGCUGGUGAAACUUAUGUGCUUGGGAGCCUUGCAUCCAGAGAAAUACGUGUUCAGCGUUGGCGUGUUAGACAGUGUCUACAGGAAGUUGAUCCAAUUGGACGGUCAUUCCGCAGGAGGCGUACCAUACGCCGACGGGUUUAUAAUGUUCAGACACCAAAUCAACUAUGGCAUUUUGACAGUAACCACAAGCUGGUGAGAUGGCGAAUGGUUGUUCAUGGCUGUGUGGAUGGCUUUAGUCGAACUAUAAUAUAUCUAAGAUGCUGUAACAACAAUAGAGCCUCUACUGUGUUGUGCCUGUUUGUAAUGGGAGUGAAUCAUUUUGGUUUCCCUUCAAGAGUAAGGUGUGAUCAUGGAAUGGAAAACACACUUGUGGCUCGUUUCAUGUUGGAAAGACGGGGGCUGAACAGACGUAGUGUCAUUGCAGGCUUGUCAGUACAUAAUCAGCGCAUUGAAAGAUUGUGGGCAGAGCUCAAUAGGGUGGUCGCGAACCAUUUCAUAAAUCUUUUUAGUUUCAUGGAGCAGCAUGGUAUCCUUGACUCUUUGAAUGAGAUUCAUCUGUUUUGCCUACAUUUUGUCUACAUGCCAAGAAUUGAAAGAGCAACAAUAGAGUUCAGAAACCAAUGAAAUAACCACGGCCUCUCCACACAGAAUGGGUAGUUGUGGCACACAGGUGUCAUAAACAACAUGGCACAACAAAAUACAGCCGUUGAUUCUAUUUUUGAGCUACAUGAAAAUUUUGGAGUAGAUCAUGGGGGACCAUUGCCCGAUAUUCAGACUAGAAAUAAUGUUGUUAUUCCAGAUAUUGAUGUAGGCAUAAAUGACACGGCACUUAAUUUGAUGCACUGCAAAAUGAUGGAAACUAUGGUAUCAAUUUAUUCUGCUCUGUAGUGACUUUUCUUGAACAAUAUCAGUUGUAAUCUACAGAAUUAAGUUUUUUUGAGCAAAAUUUAAAUUUUGAAAUGAUGAAAAUCACUAAAUGUUUAAAACAAAUGUUCUGUCACUUUGUGAGAAUACAUUUACAGUAAUAAGAUUUAAAUGCAUAUUGUAUUUUAUUUGAGGUUUAGAAUGUAUGUAAAGCUGAAAUAAACAGUACUGACAAUA